CCCUGACCCUAGUUGAGUCUAGUUGUCUGCCCCUGCCCCCAUCCCUCACCCGCGCACGCAUCUCGAGGCCCCGUCAUUCCUAAUUGCAGCCCCCUGUCCGAGCCCCCAGCCCCCAGCCCGUGUCUUCUUUUGGUCUUCCCCGUAAAAGGUUCCCCUGCUCGAUGCCCCCCGUCUUCUCCUCGAGCCAAAAUCUUUCGAAAUGUUUCGCUCGUUCAUUUUUCCAGUAUAUAACCCAGAAUUGGAUUAUGGACGAUGGUUCUGGGAAAUAUCUCGGGGCAUUAUUAGAAGAACAUUCUAUCUUUGAUGAAUGCCCACCCUCGCCACUGAAGGAAAUCAUAGUCUCCAGAACAUCACAGGUGGUGCUGGUGAGCUUGCGAUGCUGGCCGCAUUGACUUUCUUCCCUCUUUACCGAGAAAAGUGACUGCCAGUUUCACGAGUUCCGAUUCCCAUCGAACAAUCCGUCUCGUGGAAUUGAAGAUACAUCUUUCUCAUCGGCACUUUCUCCGAGGGCAAAGUAUGUCGUCCAAAAUACAAGAGCACCAGCUCUUCGAGAGGCCGAGACAAUCGAACAUCAUGUAGUGCCAAAAGUCAAGUAGGCAGCAAAAUUCGAGGCUUUUUAGGUGACAAUCAUGAAUCAGAUGGCGGAUGUGCAGAUUAUGUC